AUGAACAACAUAAUAACGCCUAAAAGAAACGUACUAACUUCUGAACACAUAGCAUCAUUAGUGUUUAUUAGUUGUGUUGGACCACCUGUUCAAUUGUUUAAACCAGACCACUAUGUAAAAAGUUGGAUUAAAACGGAUAAAAGAAGUGCAGAAGAAACAAGAUGUCCAAAACGAGACGAACAUGACAUAGAUCAUUCAUAUAAACAUUUAUGGGCAUAUUUAAAUUUAUAA